UACCAGUCCCCAGUGUUGUCUUCCAGAAUUUACAGAAAAACCCAUUCUCCUAAACCAACGAUUUCCUCAACGAGCAAUAACUCACCCGCAACAAUGGUGGAUGGUAACCCUUCGUAGUCAACCCGCAUCCUGCUUCUUUGAUUACAGCAUUUUACAUCAGAAAUCAGAAACCAGAGGAGCAGAAGGAUAUUGAAUUCGAAAUAUAAAUCACAAAGAUGAGCACGGUGGAUAAGAUGCUGAUAAAGGGUAUCCGGAGUUUCGACCCGGAGAACAAGAACGUCAUCACGUUUUUUAGACCUUUGACUCUAAUCGUCGGCCCAAACGGCGCCGGCAAAACGACUAUUAUUGAGUGCUUAAAGGUUGCUUGCACUGGCGAAUUGCCCCCAAAUGCACGGUCUGGUCACAGUUUCAUUCAUGACCCCAAGGUGGCAGGGGAGACAGAGACAAAAGCCCAGAUAAAGCUUCGGUUUAAGACGGCAGCAGGUAAGGAUGUGGUUUGCAUAAGGUCAUUCCAGCUGACCCAAAAGGCCACCAAGAUGGAGUACAAGGCCAUUGAGUCUGUGCUCCAGACAAUAAAUCCUCAUACUGGAGAGAAGGUUUGCCUAAGCUACCGAUGUGCUGAUAUGGACCGGGAAAUUCCUGCUCUCAUGGGGGUUUCUAAGGCUAUUCUUGAGAAUGUUAUUUUUGUUCAUCAAGAUGAGGCCAACUGGCCGUUACAAGAUCCUUCUACACUGAAAAAGAAGUUUGAUGACAUCUUCUCCGCUACUAGAUACACAAAGGCCUUGGAGGUUAUAAAAAAGCUUCACAAAGAUCAGGCUCAAGAGAUAAAGACAUAUAAGCUGAAACUUGAGAAUCUACAAACCUUGAAAGAUGCUGCAUACAAGAUGAUAAAGGAGAAUAUUAAGGAGAUUGCCAAGCUUCAAACUGCUGCUGAAGCUCAUAUGUCCUUGAAGAAUGAAAGAGACUUCACAAUUCAACAGCUUUUCGAGAAGCACAAUUUAGGGUCUCUUCCAAAUCGUCCCUUCAGCGACGAUGCUGCUUUGAACCUCAUAAAUCGAAUAAAAUUAAGGUCAAUGGAUCUUGACAAGGACUUGGAAGAUAAAAAGAAAUCUAAUGAAGCUGAAAUUAAGGCAGCAUUUGAUCAAUACAUGCACGCAAAUGAUCGGUGCAAAGAAAUUGAUGCCAAGAGAAAGGCUAAAGCCGAAAUCAAGACUGGCACUUUAAAACUUAUUGAAGAGAAGGAGAAAGAGCGUGAUGCAUUUGAACUUCAGAUUUUUAAUGUUAAUCUGGAAUCUAUUGACAGGAGGGACAAACAAAUGCAAAUUGACUUGGAGAGAAAGACUAAUCAACUAGCAGAAAGAAAUUUCGAUUCAAAUAUAAACCAAAAGCAGAGUGAGAUUUAUACCUUAGAACAAAAAAUUAGAGCUCUUAGCCAUGAAAGAGACUCCAUUCUUGCUGAUUCCCGAGACAGAGUUGAACUUUCUCUCAAGAAGGCAGAGUUGGAAAACCACAAAAAGAAACACAAAAAAAUAAUGGAUGAAUACAAGGAUAAAAUUAGAGGGGUACUUAAAGGUAGGCUCCCUCCUGACAAGGAUUUGAGGAAAGAAAUUACCAAGGCUCAAAGCUUGCUCCAGAAAGAGUAUAAUGAGUUGAACUCAAAAGCCCACGAAACUGAAAUGGAGGUGAAAAAAAUGGAGGUGAAAAUACAAGAAGUAAACAGUAACUUAUCCAAACUUCACAAGGACAUGGAAUCAAGGAGGAGAUUCAUUGAAUCGAAACUCCAAUCGUUGGACCAGCAAUCUGUUAGCAUUGAAUCGUACCUUGAAGUCUUGGAUAUUAACAAGGAAAAAAGAGAUGUCCAAAAAAGCAAAUAUAACAUUGCCGAUGGCAUGCGGCAAAUGUUUGAUCCUUUUGAAAGAGUUGCUCGUGCUCAUCAUAUUUGUCCGUGCUGUGAGAGACCUUUCUCAGCAGAAGAAGAAGAUGAAUUUGUUAAAAAGCAAAGAGUAAAAGCUGCAAGCUCUGCAGAGCAUAUGAAAGUACUGGCUAUGGAGUCUUCAAAUGCUGAUUUCCAGUUCCAGCAAUUAGACAAAAUUCGCAUGGUGUAUGAAGAAUAUGAUAAAAUCAGCAAAGAAACUAUUCCUCUCGCUGAAAGGAAUCUGAAAGAGCUAAACGAAGAACUGGAUCAACAAAAUCAGGCUCAUGAUGAUGUGCUUGGUGUUCUGGCUCAAAUAAAAGCUGAUAAGGACUUAGUUGAUGCCUUGAUACAACCAGUAGAAACCGCAGACAGGCUCUUCCAAGAAAUACAGGCUUUGCAGAAGCAAGUUAAUGAUUUAGAGUAUAAGCUUGAUUUUCGAGGGCAAGGUGUAAAAUCCCUAGAGGAAAUUCAAUUAGAGUUGAAUACAAUGCAGACUACUAAGGAUACUUUACAUCAGGAUAUUAAGAACUUGAACGAGGAAUGGAGGAACAUGGAUCAGGAUCUAUCAAAUCUUCAGGUAAGGUGGCAUUCUCUAAGGGAAGAAAAGGCUACUACUGCUAACACAUUGGGUAACAUUAAAAGAGCAGAGGAAGAGUUAGAUCGUUUGGCGGAGGAGAAAAGCCGAAUUGAGCUUGAUGAGAAGCAUUUGGCUGAGGCUAUUGGUCCUUUAAAGAAGGAGACAGAAAAAUUAUACAGUGACUACAGUGAUCUGAAACUCAAGCUUGAUCGUGAGUAUGACAAGCAGGAUAAAGUUAGAAGAGCAUAUCAACAGGAAGUUGAUACACUUAAUAGCAUGGCUUCUAAGAUCAAAGAGUAUAAUGACUUGAAAAGGGGAGAGAGAUUAAAAGAAUUACAAGAAAAACAGAUUCUAUCAGAGUCUCAGGUGCAGAAUUGUGAAACAAGAAUGUUGGAACUUUCUGCUGAACUGACUAAAAGUAAAGAUUUAAAGCGUGACCAAGAUCAACUGAGACGCAAUAUUGUGGAUAACUUGGAGUACAGGAACGUGAAGGCUCAAGCGGAUGAACUUACACUUGAGAUUGAAUCACUGGAAGAUAGAAUCCUGAAGAUGGGAGGCGUUUCCAUGAUAGAAACUGAGCUUGUGAGGCUCUCAAAAGAAAGAGAGAGACUUCUUACAGAAUUAAAUAGAUACCAGGGGACAUUAUCUGUAUACAAGGACAAUAUUUCCAAGAAUAAGGUUGAUCUGAAGCAGGCUCAGUAUAAGGACAUUGACAAACGUUAUUUUGAUCAACUGAUUCAGCUCAAGACAACUGAGAUGGCAAACAAGGACCUCGACCGCUAUUACAAUGCUCUGGACAAAGCACUUAUGCGGUUUCAUACUAUGAAAAUGGAAGAGAUAAAUAAGAUUAUAAGAGAACUGUGGCAGCAGACCUAUAGGGGACAAGAUAUAGAUUAUAUAAGCAUUCAUUCUGAUUCCGAAGGUGCUGGUACUCGAUCAUACAGCUAUAAGGUUUUAAUGCAAACUGGUGAUGCAGAGUUAGAAAUGCGAGGAAGAUGUAGUGCUGGUCAGAAGGUCCUUGCUUCUCUGAUAAUCAGAUUAGCACUAGCUGAAACUUUUUGCCUUAAUUGUGGAAUAUUGGCCCUUGAUGAACCAACUACAAACUUGGAUGGCCCUAAUUCUGAAUCUCUCGCUGCAGCUAUCCUGAGAAUAAUGGAGGAUAGAAAAGGUCAGGAAAACUUUCAACUGAUUGUCAUUACGCACGAUGAGCGGUUUGCUCAACUUAUUGGUCAAAGGCAACACGCUGAGAAGUAUUAUCGCAUAACGAAGGACGACUAUCAGCACAGCAUAAUUGAAGCCCAAGAAAUAUUUGAUUGAUGUCACUUUUAUGCUCCAGAUCAGGCCAUUUUUAUUAUAGCUUCAUAUGCAAUGACAUGAAAGUAGAGGCUGACCCUUCUCCCGGUUUAUCAGUGGUAACCAAUUAAGCUCCGUUGCAUUUGCUGUCUUCUUGAAUUGUGUGGGGAAGUGAAAUUAUUUUCUAAAAUAUCCAACUCCAAUUAGAGGAUUUGUUUCUUCUUUCCAAUUGAGGCUGCAAAGCUUAAUUGGAAAAGUGAAAUGCUUGUAAAAUAAUUGAAGGGUAUUUUCUCAAAUAUUAUGGCCAGACGUCAGAUUUCACGCUAGAGUUUCUAACUGAGUGACCAUUUGUGAAAUCGUUAUGAACUUUAGUGACCAUUGGUGAAAUAUCCGAAAUGUCUAUGCAUAAAGCCUAUAAUAUUCAUCGUACAA